GGCAAAACAAACCAAUCACUUCCCCGCAAAAAAAAGAAACAUAAUCGAAUCGAAAUAGGAAUUUCGGUAGAAGUUUCCGUCGCGUAAACAACUCUGGUUAUCACCGCGUUAACCAAAGCAAAACCCUAAAUCAAAAGUCUCAGCGUUGUCUGGGUCAUUCCUUUUCUCUUAUCUCGUGCUAUUCCUCACAGACAUAGAAUUCAAUUUCAAUUUUGAGAAGUAAAGAGUUUCUAGGUCACAAAAAACGAUGAAGAGAGUCUUCGGCGCCAAAAAGAACAAGGAGCCUCCUCCUUCCAUCGAAGAUGCCAACGAAAGGAUUAUGAAACGAGGUGAUACUGUGGAUGAGAAGAUUAAGAAGCUUGAUGUUGAACUCAGUAGAUACAAAGAACAGAUCAAGAAAACAAGGCCUGGUCCUACUCUCGAAGCUAUUAAAUCCAGAGCCAUGCGAGUUCUUAAACAAAAGCGAAUGUAUGAAGGUCAACGCGAUAUGUUGUACAAUCAGACAUUCAACCUCGAUCAAGUUCAAUUUGCUGCUGAGGGAAUUAAAGAUGCUCAACAAACUAUGUCAGCUUUGAAGUCUGCCAACAAGGAUUUGAAGGGAAUGAUGAAAACUGUGAAGAUCCAAGACAUUGAUAACUUGCAAGAUGAAAUGAUGGACUUGAUGGAUGUAAGUAAUGAAAUCCAAGAGACUUUGGGUAGAAGCUAUAGUGUUCCUGAUGACAUAGACGAGGAGGAACUUUUGGGUGAACUUGAUGCGCUGGAAGCAGACAUGGAAAAUGAAUCUGAAGGAGUCCCCUCCUACCUCCAACCUGAUAAAGAAUCUGAUUUGGAUUCAGAGCUUAACUUACCUUCAGCUCCAACCGGUCAAACAUCAGCUCCACAUGGCAGAUCCAAUGUCCAAACUGAAGAUGAACUGGGUUUACCUGCUGUCCCUCGGGCAACCCUACGCGGUUAAAGAAUGCUUUUUAUUUCCUUGGCGUAGCAAGACCCUGUAAAGUUGUGCAGAACUUGAUAACAUUGAUUUAUACAGUAAUUUCAUUGUCAUUAUUUGUAUUGAAGCACAUUGACACGGAAAAUGGAAAAAAAUAUUACUGGUGUUUGGCAUAAACUUAGAAUUCGGCAGUUAUUAGUUAUGGUCAGUAAAAUGUGUACACUUUUGUGAUACCAAUUUAAUUAUGCGAAUCAUAUUAGUUUUUUUUUCCAAA